AUGCAAAAACGCUCAUAGAACAUAAAUUACGAAACGCAACAAUAAGAAAAUGGAGAAGACAUCAAUCAAACGGGGAGUUCACACGCCCGAAGCUAUGCAACCCAAACUACGCAGCAGUAAUCCACUCCGUCCUGCCGAAAAAUCGCCGCUCACUUUCCCAAUAAACGCCGUAAAACCGAAUUAUUCACCAACAAACCGCAAAAACUCGACAACAAACCGAAAUCACCGUCCAUUUCCAUCCAUAAAACGGUCGCUUCCGCGAUUCCGUUCAUAAAUGUACUUAAUAAUCGACAUAAAAACAAACAUAACAGUAUCGGACAGAUUGCAUGGCACUGGCACCAGUAGUGCAGGAGGUAGAUUUUUGGGUGGCGUUGUAAUGACAGAAACUGGGCACAAGGUAUAUAAAUAAAAAUGGAUCAACAAUUCUGUCUCCGGUGGAACAACCAUCCAACAAACUUAACAGACGUACUAAGUAGCUUGUUACAACGAGGCGCCCUGUGCGAUGUGACCCUGGCGUGUGACGGGGAGACGUUCAAGGCCCACCAGAACAUCUUGUCGGCCUGCAGUCCCUAUUUCGAGACCAUCUUCAUACAGAACUCCCACCCGCACCCGAUCGUAUUCCUAAAAGAUGUCAAUUACAACGAAAUGAGAGCGCUGUUGGAUUUCAUGUACAAGGGUGAGGUGAACGUGUCGCAGAAGCUGCUACCCAUGUUCCUAAAGACGGCCGAGGCCCUGCAGAUCAGGGGCCUCACCGACAGCAACUCGCUGACCAAAAACGACGAUCUGAUCGAGAAGGACCGGCUGAUGGAGCGCGAUUCGCCGCCUAGUGACAAAAGGAAAAGAAAAUCCUCUUCUAACUGUGAUAAUUCAAUCUCCGACAGAUACAAUGACUCUCUGACUCCAUCGCAGGGCAACAACUACAAAGGCAGUCCGACAUUGCCCCGAUUGAAUCCGAUAUCGCCGGUCGAUAGGGAAUCGAUGGGGGCGGAGGACAUGAGAGUCGCGUCGCCGCUGAUCAAACAGGAGCCGGGACAGGAUCUCAGUCCGCACGUCGAUUCGUUCCAUUCGAUGUCUGAGGCACUGCAAACUGGGGGAAGCGUCAGCGUCCACCCGGACGACAUAAAGAUGCUGGGACCGCACGGGAUGACCGAGGCGCAGGAGACGGACGCGCCGCCCAUACCGCCGCCGGAAAUCACCGACACUAUUGACGGUUCAAAAACCUGGCACAUGCGGCUUACGUUUGACAAACUGCCGGGUGGGUGCAACCUGCACCGGUGCAAGUUGUGCGGGAAAAUAGUGACACACAUACGCAACCACUACCACGUGCACUUCCCAGGCAGGUUCGAGUGUCCGCUGUGCCGAGCCACGUACACACGCAGCGACAACCUGCGGACCCAUUGCAAAUUUAAGCAUCCGCGCUUCAAUCCCGACACCAGGAAGUUCGAGCCGCCCACUCCCCCGCCCCCGCCCCAGAUCGCGAACGACUCGCCGGCCGACUGAUUCCGGCUGCUGCGCAACCACCAGCACCACCGCCACCGCCACCACCACUACCGCUAUUCAUGCUGCAGCGGCGGGAACCAGAACGGUCUCGGCGACGACCACUUGUUUUAUUAUUAGCUAAUUCUCCUCCAAAUGUACCUUGACACGGAACCACCCCCUCCCCUUUUUUUAACUCGCCCCCCAGGCUCCGGAAGCUGGGCUGCCAACUAAUCUACUAUUACUAAAGACUUGCACAAAUUAAGGAAAUGUUUUUGGACCAUUCUUUCUACGCUCAUCGUCAUUGUUACUACUAUUAUAAAUCGAGGACAGGCGGAUGUGCUCUGUUGCGACUGAAUCGUCAUUUUUUUUAUUAUUAUUAUUAUUACUAUUAUUAUUAGUAGAAUGAGAGAAAAAUUAAUUAAUUAAUUAAUUAAAAUUAAGUAGAUUAUCUGCCCGAUUUAAUAAUAUAUCUAUAUAAAUAUAUAUAUAUAUUUAUAGUCCAUUCUAAGUUGGAGGCAGACAACACCCUCCCCAACGCCCUGUGGAUAAAAAAAACACCCCCCCAAACAAAUGAAAUUUCUCUAUUCUAGUCUUAUAUUAUACAUUACUUCAGUUUCCCUCCUUGACUUGAACUUGUAAACGAGGGUGUGUCCGCCCCCCGACUUCAAACGAAUGAGAUGAUUCUACUACAACCUAAGAAUGUAAUAUCUGUGAUGUCGAGUUGAAACACUCAAUUAAACCUAAUUCUUCUGCUACGAAGGAUUUCAUCAUGGUAGUUUAAUAAAUAAUUAUAAAGAAAAAAUAGCUUAAAACCCGUCCGAUAUAAUUGAUUUUGUUGCACGCUCCCCGGACAACCCCUUUUUUGAGUACUUGUCCGGGUCGCCUGAUUAGACGACGAUAGUCAACAUUUUUUUUUAUUAUUAUAUAUCUUUAUUUAUCUUUAUUUAAAAUAUUUGCCAAACUAACUAGUUAUACUUAUUAAGUGCAAUUUAUAAAUAUUAUAUACUUUAUAUUACCUCAUAUUCUCAUCUCAUUUAUUAUUAUUAUUAUUAUUAUUAUUAUUAUUAUAUAGUUAUAUAUUAUAUACUAGGGAUAAUUAUUAAUUACUAAGAGAAUCUCCUUCGAAUUUCUUACCUUUGAAAGGUGUUUGCGGCCUUUGGAUAGUUUAAUUAGUUACUUUAAAUAAUUAAUUUUGGUUAAAUUUACGUUUAGGUCACUAGGUUCGAAGAACGCGUGAAUUAAAUUCACUUUAAUUUAUUUAAACAAACAAAAAAAAUAAUAAUCUUAUUAACUUGCGUGAUAUGUUUUUCAAAUAACGGUACCUUAUAUUGUACAUAACUUGGUUAAAUUUGGUGUUACAGGUGUGGUUUUUAUAUUAAAAAUAAAAAGAGGGUUUUGUUUUUAAGAAGAUUGCUUUAUAAUAUAUUAUCAGAUGUUAAUUUUACAAUUAUUUCUAGCGCAUUAACUCUCGUAUAAGUGCAUUUUUUACUUUUUAAAAUCUUGUUGUUAGUUUUUAUAUUAAUAUACUAUCUUAUACUAAAGAUUUCUAAUAUAUACAUUUAUAUUAUUGGCAUUAUAAUGGAAUAAAAGUGUUUGGGUAAGAGCAACUAAAAAAAAGUAAAAAGUAUGUGAUAAUAUAGGAAUGGUGCUAAAUAACCUUGUAUAACUACUUGAGAUAAUUAUGAAAUGUGCAAUAUUUAGUUUUAACUUUUAAUUAGUUAAACUGGAGAGGUCUAAAUCAGUGCAACUCACCAACGAAAUUAAACAAAGUUAAAAUCAACGUGUGGUUUACAAUGUCCAAAAUUGAAAUUUUCAGUCUAUUAGAGAAUGAAAUUGUGCCUCUACAUCGAAGACUGAUCUACUGUAGUAACUGGUUGAGUCCGGUGACAAGUUGACGAUUUAGAGCUCCGACGACCUCUCGUUUAAACUUUGUACAGAUUGUAAAAAUACUGUUAAAAGAAAAAAAACCUAUGUAUAUUUGAAAGAAAGUAUGCUGUGGACAUGUUUGUUGUUGUUACAUUUACUUCAGAAGACGUCAUUUAAUUUCACAUUAUGAAUAUGGUUGCGGUUAACUUAAAUAGUUAAUUUAUAUUUUAUACUUAUAUACAUACAUAUUAUUAAGUUUUGAUGAUGAUGUGGACCGUCAAAUUUAUUUGGAAAUUUUGAUUUAGUGUGCAAUAGUGUAAUUGCAGGAAAUGGAGGUUUUGUUGUACUUUUAUUUUGUGCCAAUUUACCAUAAAAUUCAUGAAAAUGCUCAAAGAUCAAAUCAUUAAUAAUAAAAUAACAAUAACUUGUUUGCUUUAUUAAAUUGUUUUCAUUGUUUAAUGUUACUUAAUUCUUACAUUUAGUGUUGAAUCAUUAUAUCAUUACUUGAUAUACAUUCAUUCAAAGCAUUUAUUAUGUAUUUUAUUAAUUUUUAUUAAAAUGGUGUGUUUUA